AUGCCGACAAUCAUUGCAGGCCCGCUCAAGGCCAUGGGCGAAUUGUUGUCGCUGACGGGAGGGGGCAGUGCGACGAGCAACAGGGAGAAGGAAGCAUCACAGCGCGCGACGCCGCAUCAUCAUCACCACCACAAUCAUAGUCAACACCACCAAUCCCGACAAUAUCCUCACCCGCCUUCGCAGCCACACCUACGCCCACCCGCGCCCACCAUAGCAGGARCCGAGGAGGAAAAUGGCUCUGGCGACGCGAAGACGGACGCGUCUCCUCCGCCGCCCAAGAGGCGGAAGCUGAAUCUACGACAUUCGACCCCUCGACCGCCGGUGCAGACGACGCUGGAUAAAUUCGCCUUUUUGCCGCCGCCGCCGACCAAGAUUACAGUUGAUGAACCGCAUGGUCAAUUGGUGGAGACGAUCAAUGGAGUGCGCCGUGAGUUGGACGUGGGCGAGGACGAGCUUUCCCUGUCGUCUCCCAAGCCGCAGCGUGUGCCACGUCGGUCGACAAAAUCACCAGCUCCUCCUCCACCACAACCACCACCGACAUCCACAUCUUCGCCGCAGGUCAAACAGGUGAAGAAGGAGGAGAAGAGGACGUUGCGCUCACAGGAUGAUGGUCCGAGGCUGAAGAGUGAUUUGGCUACUUAUUUUCCCAACUAUGAAGAUGUCAUGUUUGAUACCCCAAGGGAGGUCGAAUUCUUGACGGUGGAUAYUGCGCUGUACGUUACGGAUGAUGGGAAGCAGGAGGAUGUUGGAAAGAAGAACAAGACCUCAUCGUCCAAUGCUGCAUCAUCAACACCCACGGGAUUCAAUGGCUGCCAAUCCGUUAACCUCGACUUCGCCCUCAACACAUUACCCGCGCAACCCGAAGACCCUCUAUCGGACGCGCAUUUCGACAAGUCACAUCGACGGGCCGAGAGGAAGGAAAAACAGCUGCGGAACAUUGAGCGUGAGCGGGCUAUGCACGAAAAGGUGCAGCUGGAGAGGAUCUUGGAUGGUCUUCAAGGGCACGAUUGGCUACGUGUGUUGGGCAUAACUGGCAUAACAGACGGUGAAGCCAAACGCUACGAGCCCAAACGAGACUACUUCAUCGCAGAGGUGCAGGCAUUGGUGGACAAGUUCAAGCUGUGGAAGGAGCAGGAGAAAAAGGCACGGAUGAUGAAGGAAGCUGCUGCUGCACGGGCGGAAGACGAGGGAGAAGGAGCWACGAGUCUGGAAGGAAGUGUCGAGCCGCCGAGUUCGGAUCUGAAUGCCAGUGCGGCGAGGCAACUUCAACAAGAGACUGUCAAUGCGGUCAAGUCGACUAUGACGUUGAAGCUCAAGGGCAAGACUUCUUCCACAUCUUCCGCUCCGACCUCACAGCCUGCGAGCACGCCCGCGAGACCUCGACUGACACUACAUCCUCCUGCACGGCCACCUGCGCCACCAGCCCCCGACCGGCCUUUUACGAGCUUCUACUCUCGACCUCAUUUGAGGGAUGCGGCGUUGGGCAAGGUCAGGAAUCUUGGGAGGUUGGUUCAGGCUUUUGGACAGCCUGUUCCCGAGAUGGAGGAGCGGGAGUUUGUGUUGCCUGACGAAUUGUUGACCGAGGAUGCCAUUCGGGCUAAUGCUAGGGAGAGGAGGAGGCGAAAGCGGGAGACUUUGAUUGAUGCUGCUGAGAAGGCGGCGAGCUGA